AUGAGUAACACCGAAUUGGUGACCAUCACGACCCCUCACACGGUCCCAAGUACGACUACGACUCUAACUUCUGAGCCACGUGAAAGAGCAUCACUACGACGGCAUGAGGAUGUAGAGGAUGAGCCAACGAGUGACGGACGAGCGGAACAGGAGCUUUCGCCUGUAGAUGGAGGGGCCGCUGCUUGGAGGCUGCUCUGCGCCGCUUUCAUGUUUGAAGCAUUGCUAUGGGGCUUCCCUCUCUCAUUUGGUGUCUUCCAAGAAUACUACUCCAAGAUUCCAGAAUUCGCGGGUAAUCGCUAUAUCUCCGUUGUAGGCACCAUAGCAUCUGGAUUUGGUUACCUUGGAGCACCGGUCAUCAUGCCUUUUAUUCAGCGCUAUCAGCGGUGGCAGCGCCAGAUGAUCUGGGUUGGCUGGCCGAUUUGCAUUGCUGGACUCGUUUUCGGGUCCUUUGCGUCCACUUUAGAAGUGCUUAUCCUUACACAGGGUGUGGCCUAUGGCCUUGGUUUCCUCAUAUUCUACUACCCCAUCCUCAGCAUGGUAAACGAGUACUGGAUCACACGUCGUGGCAUGGCUUACGGCAUUCUCUGCGGUGCCUCUGGCGUCUCAGGGUCCGUGAUGCCGUUUGUCCUGCAAGCUUUGUUAGCAAAAUACGGUUACAGAACAACACUUCGUGCUGUGGCCGUGGCUCUCACCUUGCUCACAGGCCCGUUGAUUCCUCUCUUAAAGGGCCGCUUGCCGCCUUCAGGACGAGCCAGUACACCCAAAAUCAAUUGGACGUUUUUCCGGAGCCCCCUCUUCUGGAUAUACUCGAUUUCAAAUCUACUGCAGGGAUUCGGGUACUUUUUUCCUUCAUUGUAUCUCCCCUCGUUUGCGUCGUCCUUAAACCUCAGUGGCAAAAGUGGUGCUCUCCUCCUCGCGCUGAUGAGCGUUUGUCAGGUCUGUGGCCAGUUUGUCUUCGGUUACUUGUCUGACCGCAAAGUACCGCUUAACGCUUUGGCUUGCUUGUCAACCGUCGUUGCAGCAGUUGCCUGUCUCACCAUGUGGGGAUUGGCCCAGAGCUUUCCGGUCUUAAUCGUCUUUGCUGUUGUAUAUGGGUUUUUCGCUGCAGGUUAUACUGCUAUCUGGGCGAGGAUGAGCAUGGCAAUCACUGAUGAUGUGACAGCAGCGCCAAUUGUCUUCAGCCUGCUUAACUUUGGCAAAGGCAUCGGAAACGUACUUGCUGGUCCUGUCGGGGGAUUUUUGGUUUCCAGCUCGACGUCAACGGGGCCUUCAUCGUCGUCCUAUCGUUGGGUCAUCACUUUCACUGGUGUAUGCAUGUUCGCGAGCGCCUGUACUAUUUGCUUGCGGUAUUCGAAGUACCUCUGUGUCUUGGUUGUUAGAUGA